AUGGCAUCGGGAGCUCUAGCCGGCGACACGCUCGACCUCCACCUGGUCACCCUCUUCGAGAAGUUGGAAGAAGUACGAAGAGACCAGGUCUCCACGAGGCUACUUCCUGCCAAAGCGGAGCUCAGGACUCUCGAGUUCUGGAGAUCCAUCAUUUCCGAGUGUCUGUCCUCCUUCUUCUAUGUCUUCACCGUCAGCGGUGCCGCUGCGGGGGUGGCAUCCGGAGGCAGCACUGCUGAGACCAUCCUGGCCGCUUCCUUCGCCGCUGGUUUCUCCAUAGCUGCCCUCACACAGUCUUUCGGCCACGUAUCAGGUCAGUGUCCAUCAGUAUCUUUGCUAUGCCAUUCUCUUGGGUGA